GUUGUGUUUUGAUGCAAUAUCUGACACUGAUGUUGACCUCUUGACAUCAGCCCUGGGGAGAAGAAAGACUGUGGGCUAUUUGACUAUGGAGGAUGGAGCCCUGUCCGAUGAAAGUGUGCAGAAGAUCCUGAAAACUCUUAGUGGGCAAACAUCAGUGGGUAACAUUCGACUGGUGGUGAGGAGCAUCAGCAACGCCAAUGUUGAUUUAACUAUGAACUUCCUUGUAAAAGAGAUGAUGGGAAGAAGUUUCAGUGUAUGUGUUGCCUGUCAAGCUGAAAACAUAGACAAGAGUCUUUGCUCAGAGUUCACAAUGGCAAGCAAAAUAAUUCUAUCUGGUUUACUGUUGGGCAUUCAGAAGGGCAUCAGGGUGAAGUCUCAGAGAAACAUGGUGUUUGUUAUUAUCAGGGUUUUUCAAAAAUAUCCUUUGGCUUUUUCUCCUUUCUCUUUAAUACCUAUGACUGAUUUCCUCAAAACAUCCAAUACCCUCAAAUGCUUCUCAGAGAUGAAAAACACUGAGUUUGAUGUGAAUGUGGAUUCACUGCUGUCUUUCCUAAGUUGUGUUCCUGGUUUAACUGAGGUGGACAUACAUGCUGAGUAUCUCACAGAUAUUUGGACUUCUAGGAUUCUGUCCUACCUUCAAGUCAAACCAAAGAUUUCUCACAUAAAGUUUCUGGUGAGCAAUCUCUUGAUUAGUGAUGAGGAAAGUGUCUGUUCAACCUUUUCAGUCUUUAGAAAGCCAUUUGAAGCGUACAAGAUGCAUGCCAGUGAAAGAAAAAAUCCAUCAUUGAGUCUUUCAAUGGACAGAUGGGCUUAUGAUACUGUGUAA